AUGCUCGAAGGCGAUCGCCUCUUAGGGGUGAACGACGAGAAUGUCAUUGGACACAACCAUUCGGAAGUAGUUGAAUUCAUCCGCAAAUCUGGCAGCAGUUGUCGACUGGUGGUGAUCAGCCCCUCCCCGACGCUAGACUUGACUGACGAUCGCCAAAUGAUGCUCCAGAUGCCUCGCGAGUGCGUUCUCGCGCGCAAGGACAAGGGCUUCGGCUUCGUGCUCCAUUCGGAGAGGAAACAAAAGACAAGCACGACGUUUUACAUGACGAAGUUGCAAGAAGACGGCGCUUCUUGGGAAGCUGGCGUCAACAACGACGACAAAAUUGUUUCGAUAGACGGCGAGCUGAUCACUUCCGACCUCGAGCACGCAGAAGUCGUCCAGAAGAUCAAAGACAAGAAAGUGAUAAAAGUGGUGGUGGUGAAUCGACACAACAUGCUGGACUUGUCGCUGUGUCAGGCGCUGCGGGUGCCUGCUCUCCGCCGCGUGGUUCCAGAAGAACCAUCAUCUUCCUCGUUAUUGGCAGCGGAGACGAGUGCGAGAUCAUCGACGACAACGAGCUCUGCGCAAGUGCACGAAUCCUCGACUUCCUCGGCGAACUCGUCCUCGGAGAAACAAGAUCAAGAACAAGACGAAAACGGAAACUUUAGCAAUAUCGACUUUUCCAGAAUGAGCCUCAGCGAACUCAAAAUCAAGUGGGAAACGAGAAAAAAGGGGUUGAGAAGAAAUAGCGCUGGAAAUUAUGUUUGCUGGGCGGCCUGGGGCGAAAUCUCCCUCCUCGAAUGGUCCCAGUGGGAAAACAGCUGUCAGCGAUGCACAAGCCAGGGAGAAACUUGCGGUGUAUGUAUACGAAUAUCUGGUGCACGUCGGCGCAAAAGCAGCGGCUCAGACCUUUUAUCCGAAAUCCGCUGGGAGAAAUCAAUAUCAGUCUCCGAGGCGCCUGGCUUUCUUCAUUCCUGGUGGUGCGUCUUCUGGGAUCUCUACUGCGCUGCGCCAGAGCGAAGAGAGCAAAACGAACACUCCGGCGAGGCGAAAGCGUUCCACGAUUAUUCGGCCCAAGUUCAUCCCGCAGCAGCUCAUCCUGGAAUUCCUCCAGAGCAACAUCCAGCUUUCCAGAACUACUUUCCCGGCCAUCCAGGGCAUGGAAUACCGGGCUUUCAUCAAAUUUCACCGGCCCAUCCGGCGAUCCGAGCGCGCGUCGCAACUGGUCUCCAGCCUCCGCCAGGACCACCGAAUCAAGGAAUGUAUUCUCAAGCGCCGCCGAUAGAUCAUUAUCGAGGAAUGCUGCGCCCUGGAAUGGACCAAAUCCCCGUUUCUUCGAGUCCGAUGCCGCUGCCGCCCGGUGCCCCGAUGGCUCCUGAUGGCAUGGCCCAAGGCGCCGUGCCUCCCGUCGUCCCGUCGGGAACGGAAAUGUCGCCCUCGCAUUCUAGCGGCGGAGGAGCGCCUCCAAACGUCGUCCCAUCCACCUCCUCCGCGGCCGAGGGAGAGUCCAACUCCUCUUCUGGCGGUCCUGCUGGAACAGGUGGUGCUACUGAUUUCCAAAGCUUACAGCCGCCAGUGGACGGGGGCAGCUUCGUCAUUCAAAAGAUCAAAGAGUCGAUGCAGGAAGAGGCGAAGAGGUUCUCGGAAGAAUCGACAAGGAUCGACCAAACCGUAGAAACCGUCGUCGAAAAGAGGGAAUAUUACUAG